UGAACACACGCUUCCACGUGUGUAGGGUAUAAUGAGAACCACACAAUGCCGCGCAUCCUUGAGAGGUAUUGUCGCCGUGACUGAAGGAUCGACGUGGAAAUAGAGGGGAGGGAAGCGAUCAAGACCAGUGAUUAAGAUAUGAUAUUACGCCUAUUUGCAUGGCCAGUUUUUCACCUUGCUUACACCGUGUUUGCUGCGCUGCCUAGACCUUAUAAUGUGAGGAUGGAUGCUGUGAACACUCGAUACAUCAUGAUAUGGGACUGGAAUCACUCCAUGGCCAAUCACAACAUCACGUUCACCGCUCAAUACACAUUUUCUCAGACACAGUCGGACGAGAGUUCCUACACAGGGAUGUGUAUCAGGAUAACUGAGGAGAGGUGUGACUUCUCUAGGGAGCUGGACUACAGUGGGUCAUACACACUGAGAGUGAGGGCCGAGGGCAGGGGUCAGAUGUCAGACUGGUACAGCCUGACGUUCAUUCCUGAUGAACAUGCGGACCUAGGCCCCCCAUCCCAUGUGGCGUUCGAUCCAGGGGACGCCAUGUUAACAGUGAGCUUCAGGGAGCCAAUGACGGAGCAGAACACCCCCAUGACAUCUGUGUUGACCAUGUCCUUCAGUCUGCAGUAUUGGGAGAAACAUUCACACAGCAAGAAACAAGAGAACGUUUUUGACACCACAGAGGGAACACUGUUCCCGCUGAAGCCCUGGACAGAGUACUGCCUGCAGGUCAACGCAUUCAGCAAACCGUACAAUAAGACCAGCCCAUACACACAGCAACAGUGUGUGAGGACCCUGGGACAAUCUCCUGUGUGGAAGGUGUUGCUGGCUCUGCUGGGCUGUGUUCUUCUGAUGACGACAGUGCCUGUCUACAGAUGCCACAAAAAGAGAAAAAGUAUUGUCUCAAAGCACACAUUUCCCAGCAGUAUACUGCAGAACACACAGGAUCCAAUAUCCCUUCUCCUCCUGCAUCCGGAAGAGAGCUGUGUGGCCACAUGUGUGGUGGCUGUACAGGUAGAGCAGACAAGCCAGGGUCAACAGCAACAGGUCAAGGGUCAGGGAGAUGUUGAGGCGGAGCAGGACAGUGGCUCCUCCUCCAUCCAGAGAGGACAAGGCAGCUCCAGUCAGGACUCUGGGAUCUACUCAGGAGAAGACAGUGGAAAGAGGAGCGCAGGGUCAACAACAACAAGUCAACCUGAAGAGACUCACUGAUCACUGAGAAGAAGAAAAAAUGGAUCCCCAUAGCAAACUGCUGUAGAGGGAUUAGUGGAGUUUUGGGGAGCAGCUUGGAUUCACUUUCAAGAGGAGAGCUCUUGGGGAAAUAAUUUUUUUGUCAAAUGACUUUUUAAGACUUUUUUAGACUAGCUAUAAGACCUGAUGCAUUUCUCUAGUUGAGUUUAUUGAGUUGCCUGGGAAUAAUGGCCAAUAAUGCAGGUUAUGGGAUGCAUGUUAUGGAAUGUACUGUAUAUGUUAUCAUUUUUGUUAUUCCCAUGGAAUAGGUGAAGGGAGUAGUACACAGCGUUGUACGAGAUAUUCCGUUUUUUGGCAAUUUCUCGCAUGGAAUAGCCUU